GAUGGUUGGUUCCAUACAUUACAUAUCAGGUCUUCAGCAGGAUAAGAGUCAAGUAUCAAAGUAUGGGGUACACUCAACGCAUCCGUGGACCUCAAGGACCGGAUGUACAAGCAUGCAUAUUCCCCGGCGCUACGGGUGGUAAAACAGCCAAUAGAUCAGGCAAUCCAGGAAUUUCUAUGACUACGACUCGCUACACCGGGGGGAAUGGUCAGUUGAUGAUCACGAAAACGCUUGCCCGUCCCGGAACCUGUGGCCAUUAGACAUUGGUCAACCCUUGGUGCAUCGAAGCUUGAUGCACCGGUCUGCCCUGAGUUUCCCCUCUCUUCCCUCGUGCUUUUCAAUAAUCUGUUUUGAAUUAUUAAAAUGAUUUCUAACUGACU